AUGAACAUCCCCAACUUUAGCGACGGGUCUGGAUCUAUCGAUCGCGAAGAAUUCUUGCAAAUUCCUCAGAUUGCGACCAAUCCUCUUGCAUCCCGAAUGAUUGCCAUCUUCGACGAAGAUGGUGGAGGUACAGUUGACUUCCAGGAGUUCGUCGGUGGUCUCAGCGCUUUUAGCAGUAGAGGAGGAAGAGAAGAGAAACUCAAAUUUGCCUUCAAUGUAUACGAUGUCGAUAGGGACGGUUACAUCUCUAAUGGGGAACUCUUCCUUGUGCUCAAAAUGAUGGUCGGGAAUAACCUGAAGGACCAGCAGCUUCAACAAAUUGUCGAUAAAACAAUCAUGGAGGCUGAUCAAGAUGGUGAUGGCAAGCUAAGCUUUGAGGAGUUUGCUCAGACAGUAGCCAACACAGUAUGA